AUGUGCGCUCGCCUCUAGGGCGGCCCUAGCUGCUGGUCCUGUACCCCUAUGGUCUCGCCCUAUAUCUAGCUUCGCUAUUUUGGGGCAGUGGCCGCAGUCGUGUGGGUAGCAGGCCCCAAGUGACAGCAGCAUGGAGGAAUUCGACUCCGAAGACUUCUCCACAUCGGACGAGGAUGAGGACUACUUGCCGUCCGGUGGAGAGUACAGUGAAGAUGAUGUCAAUGAAUUAGUAAAGGAAGAUGAAGUGGACGGUGAAGAGCAGGCUGAGAAAACCAAAGGGAAAAGAAGGAAGGCUCAGGGCAUUCCAGCCAGGAAAAGGAAACAAAGUGGCCUCUUGUUAGAAGAAGAGGAAGAUGGCAAGGAAGACUCUGGAGGUAGUAGCAGUGAAGAAGAUGAAGAGGAGCAAGAAGGAGGCCUUGGGUCAGAGAAUGCAAGGAAGAAGAAGGAAGAUGAGUUGUGGGCCAGCUUCCUUAAUGAUGUAGGACCAAAGUCAAAAGCAGCCCCAGGUUCACAAACUAAGGUAGCCGAGGAGACUGAAGAGAUUAGUUCGAAUAAACCGUUGGUCAAAGCAGAUGAGCUGGAUAAGCCUAGAGAAUCAGAAAAGGUGAAGAUUACCAAGGUGUUUGACUUCGCUGGCGAAGAAGUAAGGGUGACUAAGGAAGUAGAUGCUGCGUCUAAGGAAGCGAAGUCUUUCCUCAAGCAAACAGAGAGAGAAAAACCGCAGGCUCUUGUCACUUCACCAGCGACACCACUCCCUGCUGGGUCAGGGAUAAAAAGAGCAAGUGGUAUGAGCAGCCUCUUAGGGAAAAUUGGAGCCAAAAAACAGAAGAUGAGCACCCUUGAGAAAUCCAAACUGGACUGGGAGAGCUUCAAGGAAGAAGAGGGGAUUGGUGAAGAACUGGCCAUCCAUAACCGAGGGAAAGAAGGGUACAUUGAGCGGAAAGCUUUUCUGGAUCGAGUGGACCACAGGCAGUUUGAAAUUGAGCGAGAUCUCAGGCUGAGCAAAAUGAAACCUUGACAUUCUGGGAAGGAUUCCUAGCAGCUGAAUCCUAUUGACAAUGUGAGCUCCUCUGAGUGUCUGUGAAAUACUUCCAGUGUUCCUCAUCAUGUUUCCAGCAAGUCCCUUUUUCUACGUUGCAGUUUGUUUAAUGUAUGUUAAUUUCACCUGGCUUCAUUCAUUUUCCUUUUUAAAAUUUGUCUUUUAAAUAAACAAACAGAACCCUCUGUGAGGUUGGUGAGAGUAAGGGUGCCGUGCUCCUUCCCUGUGCUCUGCCUCUAAGGCUGAAGGCCAGCAGGCCCAGCCACCACAUCUCAGACCUGUCUGUGAUGGUCACAAGCCUCUUUAAAGUCAGCCUUUCCUGGAGACUCCUCGGGGGCUUCCUGGGGUGGCAGCUAACACUGAGUCUCUGGGCAUUUGUUCUCAAUGCAUUCAGCUCCUCUCUUGUGUGAGAUUCGUAAGGUGGGGACAUUGGGAUAAAUUAACGCUAAGUGGCUUUUUGUCUUUUCCUAUUCCCCUUUCUCCUUAAAAAAACAGUCUACUUCAGAUAUAUUUUCUACCUCAGUAGUUCUUCAGGUUUUGGUCAAGGGACAUUCUUUCCAGUAAUGCUGCACACACCUAGAAUCCCAGUGCAAAUGGAAGACUGGCAAAGAACUGCUACAAAUCUGAGGGCAGCCUGGGCUACAUAGCUCCAGACCAGCCUGGGCUGGAGACUGAGAAAUGGGGAUGGGGAGUAUAUAAAGACCUCAUGUUCUUUCUGCUCCUUAGGAGACUUCCCCACUCAGACUUCCUGCCUAGGAAGCGUUGAACACAUUAAAGUCCAUCGCUUGUUCCAAGAGCAUGGGGACUGGGGAAAGUGGGCUUCAAAGACAGCAUUCUGUUUCCUGCUCAGACCCAGCUCUGUGGCCUUACCACAGCUUUGUUUUCUGGCCUGUGGAUGGCGUGAGUCACAUCAGUCUUUCAGAGGGCUGAAGUGAGCUGAUGCCAGCCUAAGGCCAAAGAACACUAGGUCACAGUGGGCUUCCUAUCUAGGCCUUGGGUGUGGGGGCAGUAUUUGUAGCAACCAAAACUGAAUUGGUGACACCAGAUGGCUAGCAUCUCAUUACCCAAAAAGGAAGUUUACAAGCUACAUUUGAACUCCUGGUCUGUUCACAUCCAUCUGCAAAGGACAGUACAGGGGACACAGAGCAUACCAAGCUGGCAUUGCGGCAGAUGGUCUCUUCUGAGACUUGGAUGAUGAAGGAGGUCCUUUAACCAGAACCAGCCAGAACCCCAUUGGGAUAGGACCUCCAUGCCUGUAAGACAGGGGCCCACUUGUGUUCUGCCUGGCAUGUCACCUGCUGCACUGGCCUGAUGCUUCUCAUGCUGUGUUGUGGUUGUGUGUACCCCAGCAUCCCAUCUCUGCAACCAUGGCAUCAAUAGCUCAAGAGCCAACUCUGCCUGUAUAUGUAGAUGCUCUUCGACCCUUAGGAUAAAGGGCCAUGCACUCAUGGUAACUUGGGUUUUCCUCUCAGCAAAGGCCUAAGAGAUUAAGAAGUCAGUGGAUCAGUGAGACUUGUCUAUGAGUGUCAGCCCUGCCAGCCCUCAAAUAGUCUUUUCCAUUGGUGGCCUGUUUUCAGUGUUCGUCACCUCUCUAGAAAAGGCUGUCUCUUUCUCCUGGGUGUGUCUAUUCCCAGCUGGGCAUAUGUAACCCAGGUGAUACUGGUUGGACUGACACUCAGGUACAUGCACAAAUCCAAAUGCAUAUACCAAUGUGUGUUAGCAUCAGUAAGACGUAAAGUGGCCCCACAGUAGACCUGGGUCAUCACACCGCUCUGGCUGCAGGGGAGGCUGCAAACGUGUGCAUGUAGUGUUUCCCUCUCCUACACUGACAGUCUUUUCUAAAGCUGUCCCAGGAGAGUCAGGAGUUUGGAGAUGAAAGCAGGUGGCCGUGUUUGGUGGUGGCUGAGCCUGGGAGAGGAGUGUGCACAGCCUUCUGUUCUUCGAAACGUGGAUAUGGACUUCAAUUUUUCAUAAUAAAACAUUUUCUAAAGUUG